AUGGGAUUUUUUGGUACUACUAAAGAAGAAGAAGCCCAACUUAGAGAAGCUGCUACUUCUGCAGGUUCCGAUAGUGCUAAUGAUUCAAGACGUUCAAUGUCAUCAAACACUGAUUUGUCUGCUUAUGAUACUGCUGAAGAAUAUGGAUACGACGAUGAAGAUGAAGAAGUUGUUCCAACUCAACGUAACGUCGUCACUGAUCAAGAUGAAAUAGUCCCAAAAGCUAAUACUAAUAAUGAUACCCCAGCUCCAAAUAUUGAUAUCAAUGAAGAUCAUGACGAUAGUACCGUACUUGCACAUGAACCACAUAUUCCAACUUCUAAGGAAAAUGAUUCUAAUUCCGAUGAUGAAAAUAAUGAUUCUGACAUUUCUAAUCCACAAGAAUUACAUGGAGAUCAUUAUGAGAACUUUGAAGAUGAAGAAAAUAGAUUAAACAGAGAAUUCACUAUUGAGAGAAUAAGAACCCAUAGAUCCAUUGAAGAAAUGGCUGAGGAAGAAAUUGAAGACGAAGAAGCUUCAAUUCAUCCUUCAUUGCACCCUAGCAGAAAGCUUUCUAGAGUUCCAACUAAUCGUGCUGAUAAAGAUAAGGUUUAUACUCCUCAAGAAUUACAAUUUGAUUCUCCUGAUGAUAAGGAAAAUCCACAUAACUGGCCACAUUGGAAGAAAUGGAUGGUUACCUAUACUGGUGCCGUUAUGUGUCUUGUUUGUUCUUUAGGUUCUUCUAUGUAUACUGGUGGUAUUCCAGAAAUUAUGGUUAGAUUUGGUGCUUCCCAAGAAUUGUGUCUUUCUGGUUUAACCUUUUAUUUAAUUGGUUUGGCUCUUGGUCCAACUUUAGCUGCUCCAUUAUCUGAAGUUUAUGGUCGUAAACCAAUUUAUAUAUUUUCAUUACCUAUUGCUAUGUUAUUCACCAUGGGUGUUGGUUUAUCUAAAAACAUUGGAUCCAUUUUAGUCUUGCGUUUCUUCUGUGGUUUCUUUUCUUCCCCAGCUUUAUCUGUUGCCAGUGGUACUAUUUCUGAUGUUUGGGCCAAUGAUCCAGCUGAUCAAUCAUUUGCCGUUGCUAUUUUCUGUUUGUGUCCAUUCUUGGGUCCUGUUUUAGGUCCAAUUAUCGGUGGAUUUGCUUCUGAACAUAAAAACUGGCAAUGGUCUUCUGCUUGGAUUUUAUUGAUGUUUUUUGGAGCUGUUUGGCCAUUUACUAUCAUCUUACCAGAAACUUACAAGCCAGUUAUCUUGACUAAGAUUGCUCGUAAGAGAGGUUUACAAGUUGAUGCUCCAAAAUUAAAUGUUGCUUUCCUUAAAAAAGUCGUUAGAUACAAUUUACUUCUUCCAAUUAAAUUGAUCUAUAGUGAACCAAUUGUUUUCAUUUUAUCCCUUUACAUUUCCUUCAUUUUUGCUGUUUUGUUUGGAUUCUUUGAAGCUUUCCCAGUUAUUUUCAGAGGUGUUUACCAUAUGGAUCUUGGUGUUUCUGGAUUACCUUUUAUUUCCGUUGGUAUUGGUUUAUUCCUUGGUGUUCUUUUGUAUGUUAUUUUGGAUAAAGUUAUAUUUUUCCCAAAGAAUCCAGAUGGUACCCGUGGUAAACGUGACGAAAAUGGUAAUAUUAUUUGGGAUCCACCUGAAAAGAAAUUAUUGGUUGGUAAAAUUGGUGCUCCAUGUUUACCAAUUGCUUUAUUCUGGUUAGGUUGGACUGGUAGAACUGAAUCAGUUCAUUGGAUGGCACCAACUGCAAGUGGUGUUCCAUUUGGAUUUGGUUUAAUUUUAAUUUUCUUUUCUGUUGUCUUAUAUUUUGCCAUGUCUUUCCCACCAAUGUUUGUUGCUUCUGCCAUUGCUGCUAAUAAUUUAAUGAGAUAUAUUAUGGCUUCAGUUUUCCCACUUUUCACCGUUCAAUGUUUUGAAAAUUUGGGUAUUGGUUGGGCUGGUUCACUUUUCGCUUUUAUUUCAUUGGCGAUGGUUCCAGUUCCAUUUAUUUUUGGUCGUUAUGGUCCAAAAUUCAGAGAAAGAAGUCCAUAUGGUUAUGUUGCCUUCUUUAAGAAAAUGGCCCAAGAAAAAGCCAUGAAAGAAGCCGCCGCCGCUGCUGCUGCUGCUAAAGAAAAGCAAUCUCAAGAUUCUGAAGUUGCAUCUUCUGUUAGUGAAGAACUUCACGAAGAAGAACCUAAAGCACCAGAAAAUGUUGUUGCCGAUAAGGUUUAA